CCACACACACGGUGCAAGAUUUCUUUUUUUUUUUUGGAAAUCUUGGUUGCACGGCAUCAAUGGAAGAAGAGAAGGAGCACACCAUUGUCAAUGUGGAGAUGGUGGAGACUGUAGAGAAUGUUGAAGAAACAGAAAAUGAUGAAGCAGUCCAAGUGCAACCAAAGCGGAAGCGAUUCAACAGGCUCGAUUCGCUCGAACAGGAAGCGAGCAAGGUGUCGGGAAUGGCCAAUAUGACCAAAGCCGUCUCCAUGGCUGCUGUAAUGCAGUUGGCUUUCCAAAGCAUCGGAGUUGUAUACGGUGACAUUGGCACUUCUCCUCUAUAUGUAUUUUCAAGCACUUUCUCCGAUAGAAUUCCAACACAUAGUGAUAUAAUCGGGGCGCUAUCUCUCAUCAUAUACUCUCUUACACUCUUUCCUCUUAUCAAAUACGUCUUCAUCGUCCUCUUUGCAAACGAUAAUGGAGACGGUGGUACAUUUGCCAUGUAUUCUUUGAUAUGUAGGUAUUCAAAUGUGAGUGCAAUUCCAAACCAACAAGUGGAGCACAUGGAUCUUUCAGCAUAUAAGUUACAGCUUCCCAACAAGCAUUCUAAGAGAGCUGGGUGGAUUAAAGAGGCUAUGGAAAGAAGCCCUUUUGCUAAGUUAUGUCUACUUUGUGUGGCUCUCCUUGGAACUUGCAUGGUCAUAGGAGAUGGAAUCUUGACUCCUUGCAUUUCAGUUCUAUCAGCGGUAGAUGGAGUAAGGAAAAUUGAUGCAAGUAUCUCUAAAGAUGUGGUGGUGAUGAUCUCUAUAGCAAUUUUGGUAGUCCUAUUUUCGAUUCAGAGAUUCGGGACAGACAAAGUUGGGUACACAUUCGCUCCUGCAAUCCUAAUAUGGUACUCAUUCAUUGGAGGGAUCGGUCUCUUCAACAUCGCCCACCAUGAUUCCUCUGUGCUCAAAGCCUUCAACCCUAUAUACAUAUUCCGAUACUUCAACGGCAAUCCAAAGGAGGCCUGGAUCUCUCUCGGCGGAGUUGUCCUCUGUAUGACAGGAACUGAGGCCAUGUUUGCAGAUUUGGGCCACUUCUCUGUCAGAUCCAUUCAGAUUGCAUUUACUGGGUUGGUAUACCCAUGUCUCAUUUGUGCUUAUGUUGGCCAAGCUGCAUACCUUUCCAAGUUCCCAACUAAUGUAGGAGACGCUUUUUACAAAUCUACUCCUGAGUCCGUGUAUUGGCCAAUGUUCGCGGCUGCGGUUAUGGCAUCAAUUAUUGCAAGCCAGGCAAUGAUAUCGGCCACGUUUGCGAUUGUCAAGCAGUCGAUGGCAUUGGGUUGCUUCCCGCGAGUCCGAGUCAUCCACACCUCACACAAGCAUGAAGGCCAAGUCUACAUUCCCGAAAUCAAUUUCUUGCUCAUGUUCGCUUGCGUCUUGGUUACGGCCGCUUUUAAAGAGACCACUAACAUUGGGAAUGCAUACGGGAUCGCUGUGGUUGCGGUAAUGUUGGUCACUUCCUCUCUGCUUAUUCUGAUAAUGCUCAUGAUAUGGCAAACCAACAUUCUCCUCAUUGCUCUCUUCGCGAUUGUAUUCGUCUCCUUUGAGCUCCUAUACUUUUCUUCAGUACUCUACAAGUUCACCAAAGGAGGAUAUCUACCUCUCUCCUUCGCCGCAGGGCUUUUCUUUGUAAUGUACGUGUGGCACUACGUGCAGACCAAGCGCCACGCUUUCGAAGUUGAGAAGAAGGUAUCAUCGCACCACCUAACCACCCUUGGCUCUGACCUUGGAAUCACAAGGGUCCCUGGUGUUGGUCUCUUGUACACCGAGUUGACCCAAGGUGUCCCAGCCAUAUUCUCCCACUUCCUCACCAACCUUCCGGCUAUACACUCGGUCUUGGUGUUCGUCUCUGUCAAGUAUUUGCCUGUGAAUAAAGUCCCAGCUGAGGAGCGGUUCUUGCUCAAACGAGUAGGGCCAAAAGACUACAAGAUGUAUAGGUGCAUUGCUAGGUAUGGUUAUCGCGACCGGAGAGUGGGGAAUGAGGAAUUUGAAAACUUGCUAAUGGAGCAUCUCAAGUCAUUUAUCAGGAUGGAGAAUUGGGAGAAUGGGUGCGAGGAUAAGAUACAUGAGAUGGGUGCGGAAGAUGGAGUAGAAGAAGAAAUUCAAUUCUUAGAGCAGUCGAGGAACUCAGGUGUGGUGUACUUGUUGGGCCACAGUGAAGUGAGGGCUAGUAAGGAUUCUUGUAUAAUUAAAAGAUUGGUGGUGGACUAUGUGUAUGAUUUCCUGAGGAGGAAUUUCAGGCAAGGAUUUGUCGAUUUACAGAUUCCUAACAAAAACUUGCUGCAGGUCGGAAUGAAUUAUUAUAUAUGAUAUAGGAUCAGUCGUGUGUUCAAAAAGUUUAGAUCAUCUUCUAUUUUCUUCUUUUCAUACCAUUGUAUAUGUUUAGAUGUUUAUAUAGGAAUGAGGACAGGAGGCAAUAAUAUUUUUACGCCUAUGGCAACAAGAGAAUGCUAACUAAUGUAAUGCAAAACGAUGAAAAAACUUCAGUUAAUGAAAAUACUUCUUUUGCAUUCA